AUGGAGGUCAGCGUGAGGGCUGCUCUAGGACUCUCGCUCACAGGCAUGUCUGGCCUCAGCCUGGUGUCCCCUGCCUGGUUCCAGAGCCCUUCCCUCUCCUAUGGUGUCUUUAUGCACUGCUCCUGGUCUCAGGAUAACCGCUGGAACCAGAGCUGUAUGACCUUCGGGUCCCUGAAGGACAUGCCAGGCUUGGCCUGGAAGGUCUCUGCGGCCGUGCUCCUGGGAGGCUGGGUCCUGCUGGCCAUUAGUGCUCUUAUUCUUUUGGCCUGGGCGCUGGCCUCGAGAAGAUUAUAUCCCAGGAGGGGCUCUGGUCUAACACCCGUGGUGCAGGCAGCAGCAGCAUCCUCCACUCUUGUAGGUCUGCUGGUUUUUCCAGUCACUCUGGCUUCCCCAUUAGCCAAAGAAGUCUGUGAAGGCUCCUCCGUGUACUACAGUGGAACAUGCCAGCUGAGCUGGGGCUAUGCCACUGCCAUCCUCAAUGAGGUCCUAACCAGCCUGCUUGUUGUCAUCGGAUGGCCUCGGAUGACCACAAACCAGAGGACAGCCAUCCCCACCCCUGUAGACACUCAGGGAAUCACCCUUGUGUCAGAAUAA